AUGGCCUUCGCAAAUUACUGGAUACCAGCGGCCACAGUUCAUACAAGGCAUAAUUGCGCAGGUAACCGAUUAGGUAUUAUUGUUAAUACCUCACUGAAAAAUAAAAGGCACAAAUCAAAGGCGUUCCACGAAGCCCACCCAAAUUCAUCACAUCCAUCCACGAGUGCGUUCGCGGGAAAAGAGCAUCCAUGUUCUGCAUUGCAUUUUGCAGGCAGAAUUGGCAAUUCAACCUAUCAUUGUCAAUUGAAAUUUCCAUCGGGACGUUCCCCCCGCGACAAAGUUAAUCAAUAUUUUUUGGAAAGAGGCGAUAAGCAGUGA